AUGUCUCAGUGUGCUGAGCAAACUGAGACGGAUCUGGAUGUUGAUUGGACUAAAGGAGAUGAUCCCGGCAUUGCUCUUUUCUCAUUAAUUGGCAUCGCUGCGUCCAUACGCUGGGCAACGUCCUCCUCACACAUUCCGCAACUCAACGACGUCCCAAACAGCGGAUGUAGUUCUUCAUCCACUGACGGUUGCCCAUGGCAACACGUGAUAUCAGACUUAGCCAAUCGUCUGCAGUUACUCGAGAUGGCAUUCAAAGAACAAGUGGUUGCCAGGGAAACAAUAGUUAAAGAAGUCAGUAACCAGUCCGAUGUGAAUUCUUCGCUGGAAAAAAAAUUAACAUUAUUUCUUCAGCGAUUGUCACAACUGGAUUCUCAUAUACACAGAUUGGAGACCAGACUUGAGGAGCUGACAAACAGACUGCAUUCUGAUGAGUCGCUGGGAUUCUUAGUCAUAGUGAUGAUAAUAGUAGAAGUGAUGCUGCGACUUCAUCCAAAGGUUCAGAAGCUGAAUCCAUUCCGAAGAUUUUCCAGAGAUGGGACAAACUGCACUCAGAAAGUAGAGAAAGAGACUUCGUCUGUUUCCAAGAUGUCGUUGUAUGUGUACAGAAUGUUGAAGUGGACACCGGUCAACCUAUCUUUAAAACGAUUUCCCCUUCAGCGUGCUAAGUACAGGAAAUCGUCCCUUCCGUCUACCAGCGCCUCAACCAAUGGCGAUCACUCCCCUAGGCACCGUGUUGCUAACGGAGUCAACUUUUCGCCCAAACACGGGCUAUCCCUGAAGAACGAGCUGUGUGUGGUGUUGUUCAAACGUGAAAACAACAACAUCGUUGCGACUCUGAUAGAGGCCAUCCUGAAACAGCUGGAUGACGUGAAGCUGUCCGUCAAGCCUCACUACAUGAUAGAGGGGUCGGAACACCUCAAGUCCAUUCCCAGAGUCAAGCUGUUUCUGGUCGUGUCCGAGAUGGAGGACAAGGGAGGUCAGAGCUUCCUCCGGACACAGGACAGUGACCUGCAUACAUCUGCUGUUCGUUUCAUGAAAUCUCUGGGAGCUCAAAUAAUUCUCAUAAUGGCAAACGACGAAGGUUCCAAAAAGUUGACAGCGCACAACAUGUACAACACCAGUUUACGUCUCGUCCAAUCACACGAGGUGUUACAAGAGUUGGCGUCCACCGGAAGAGUGUUCAGCAUUUGGCGCGAGCUGACGUCACAUCAACUAAGUCAUCUCAGGAAAAUCAUACGUUCAGUAUUAAAUAUAAAGACAAGCAUACGGUGAGAGGAAACUGCCGACCGGGUGUGCUCAUAUUCUGAACUGCAUAUCGAAGUCGUGGAUGGAGGAGGUCUCUGGGAUACCUUACGCAGACUGGAGAGAAAGGAUUGUGCAUUCUGUGUCGCCGGAAGUCAAGAUGUAUGUCCACUGCGACAGUUUCCUAUAGACGUUGGGCUGUUCUGCAGUAACGUUAGACUGCAACGGUUUGUCGAUCCCCGGAAUUAUGAUGUUCAGCUGUCCGUAUAUUUUUUCUGUUUCCCAUUACCA